ACACUUUGCUCUGUUUGUUGUGACAAAACAUAUUUCCCUUCUACUGGAAAAGCGUAUUAGUACAACCGCAUUGUUCACAUCGAAAGCUCUUCUUCUCCUGCUGCUUCUUUCUCAGUAAACCAUGCAAUCAAUCCAAUCUCCAUCUUUCCGUCCAUCUCCACUCGAUCCACUUAAAAAAACCGUCCCCCAAUUCACCAAUGUUAGGCCAUUGAGUCAUGCUAAAAGAGUGCCCUUUAUUUCAGCUUCAGCUACCACUGUUUCCGCUCCCAAAAGAGAGAAAGACCCAAAGAAAAGGGUUGUUAUAACUGGGAUGGGCCUUGUUUCUGUAUUCGGUAAUGACGUCGAUACUUACUAUGACAGACUUUUGGCUGGUGAAAGUGGGAUUUCACUCAUUGAUCGUUUUGAUGCUUCUAAGUUUCCCACGAGAUUUGGGGGACAAAUUCGUGGGUUUACAUCAGAAGGAUAUAUUGAUGGGAAGAAUGAUAGGAGGCUUGAUGAUUGUCUUAGGUAUGCCAUUGUUGCUGGGAAAAAAGCUCUUGAAAAUGCAGAUCUUGGUGGUGACAGACUUGGAAAGAUUGAUAAGGAGCGAGCAGGUGUUCUGGUAGGAACAGGAAUGGGUGGUCUUACGGUUUUCUCAGAUGGCGUCCAAAACCUUAUUGAAAAGGGUCACAGGAAAAUUACUCCAUUUUUUAUACCGUAUGCCAUAACAAACAUGGGUUCUGCCUUGCUUGGUAUUGAUCUUGGUUUUAUGGGACCAAACUACUCAAUCUCAACUGCUUGUGCUACCUCCAAUUAUUGUUUUUAUGCCGCCGCGAAUCACAUUCGCAGAGGUGAAGCUGAUUUGAUGCUAGCUGGUGGUACUGAAGCUGCCAUAAUACCUAUUGGAUUAGGAGGUUUUGUGGCAUGCAGAGCUUUGUCUCAAAGGAAUGAUGAUCCGCAAACUGCUUCCAGACCAUGGGACAAAGAAAGAGAUGGCUUUGUUAUGGGCGAGGGGGCUGGAGUCUUGGUGAUGGAAAGUUUGGAGCAUGCAAUGAAACGAGGAGCGCCAAUAAUUGCAGAGUAUUUGGGUGGUGCAGUUAAUUGUGAUGCUCAUCACAUGACUGAUCCCCGAGCUGAUGGUCUUGGUGUUUCGUCAUGUAUCCAGAGCAGCCUUGAAGAUGCUGGAGUGUCACCAGAAGAGGUUAACUACAUCAAUGCUCAUGCAACUUCCACCAUUGUUGGUGAUAUAGCCGAGGUAAAUGCUAUUAAAAAGGUAUUCAAGAACACCUCAGGAAUCAAAAUGAAUGCAACCAAGUCUAUGAUAGGGCAUUGCCUGGGUGCUGCUGGUGGUAUGGAAGCGAUUGCAACAGUUAAAGCUAUUACAACCGGCUGGGUGCAUCCUUCAAUUAACCAAUUUAAUCCUGAGCCUUCAGUGGAGUUUGAUACCGUUCCAAACAAAAAACAGCAGCAUGAAGUGAAUGUCGGAAUCUCAAAUUCCUUUGGUUUUGGUGGUCACAACUCUGUCGUCGCCUUUUCUGCAUUCAAGCCUUAAUCCAGCUCACUUCAGCAAAGAGCAAUCCUCCUUUUGAGGAGGCAUAAUAUAGAGAAUUACUGUGAAACAGAGGCUGCUUCAUCUCCAUAUGGCUAUAAACAAGGCGCGGCGAGAGAUGAACAAUUGUCAAUUCUUUUAUGUAAUAAUUUUUGGCUUGUAGUUCUUAGCAAUGAACAUUCUGACUUUUCGCAUGUGUUUUCACUCCUUAAAUUAGCUUUUGGACCUUCACAGCUUGAUUAGGCAACAAUGCGAUCGGUUUUGAAUUAUGUGAAAGAUGUGAGAUUUGAAAGAUGCUAUGGUCUUUUGGAGCAUAUUUAUGACAGGAAAAACUAAUAUUUGUUUUUGCA